GCUGUCGUUCUUUUGUGCGAGAUCUGGCAGCUGCGUUCUGAGUCAGCUGCUUGAAGUUUUGCGAUUUCAUUGCAAUUAUUUUUUUUUGCUAAGAUAUUUAUUAAUCCCCAAAAUAAUAAUUCCAAGCGCAAAUCAAAAUCAAAGAUGCCGAACGAAAAUGCGCCCGCUGCCAGUCCAGAUGAUAACAGCGAACAGAGCGAGCUGCAGCAGAAGGCUAAAGAGGUAGCAACAGCAUCGGAACAAAUACUGGCAAGCACCAUUGCCGGCUUGAAAUUGGUGGGGCCAGGGUCAACUGCCUCAGCGAGCACCAGCAAUAAUAGCGAGCCGGCGGAUCAGACGACGACGCCAACCAAAAAUUACAACAAUUUGCCGUCAGAUUCCAGUAAGCAAGCGGUGCUGCAGGCGGUAACCGAUGCGGUGAACAUCACACGCCAACAGGCAGAGAAAUUUACGUUCUGGUCAACGCAGCCGGUACCAAAGCUGAAUGAGGAGGUGACCACCAACGAGUGCAUCGAGGCCAACAAGGAUUUAACGGAAAUACGCGCCGAACCGUACACCCUGCCCAGUGCCUUCAAGUGGGUAACGUUGGACUUGAAUGACACCGCCGAUCUGAAGGAGCUGUACACGCUGCUCAACGAAAACUAUGUUGAGGAUGAUGAUGCCAUGUUUCGUUUCGAUUAUCAACCCGAAUUCCUCAAGUGGUCGCUGCAGCCGCCCGGCUGGAAGCGUGACUGGCACGUCGGUGUCCGGGUGGAGAAGUCCGGUAAACUGGUCGGCUUCAUUUCGGCCAUACCCAGCAAAUUGCGUGCUUACGACAAGGUUUUGAAAGUGGUUGACAUUAAUUUCCUGUGCGUGCACAAAAAGUUGCGCAACAAGCGUGUUGCUCCCGUCCUAAUAAGGGAAAUAACGCGACGCGUCAAUCGCACUGGCAUCUUUCAGGCUGCCUAUACCGCUGGCGUUGUGCUGCCCACUCCAGUCUCUACCUGUCGCUAUUGGCAUCGAUCGCUGAAUCCGAAAAAGCUGGUCGAUGUGCGCUUCUCGCAUUUGGCACGCAACAUGACCAUGCAGCGCACCGUUAAACUCUACAAACUGCCCGAUCAGCCCAAGACGAAGGGCUAUCGUCGCAUCACGUCCAAGGACAUGGAUAAGGCGCACAAGCUGCUCGACGAGUAUCUGAAGCGAUUCUCGAUGGGACCCGUAUUCAACAAGGAGGAGUUUCGUCAUUGGUUCACGCCCAAGGAGGGCAUCAUCGAUUGCUUUGUGGUUGUCGAUGAGAAAGGGAACAUCACCGAUCUAACCAGCUACUAUUGUCUGCCCUCGUCCGUGAUGCAUCAUCCGGUGCACAAGACACUACGCGCCGCCUACUCAUUCUACAAUGUGUCGACGAAAACACCGUGGCUGGACCUGAUGAACGAUGCCUUGAUCUCGGCACGCAACGUACAAAUGGAUGUCUACAAUGCCCUCGACCUGAUGGAGAACAAGAAGUUCUUUGCGCCACUCAAGUUUGGUGCUGGCGAUGGCAAUUUGCAGUACUAUUUGUACAAUUGGCGCUGCCCGCCCAUGCAGCCCGAGGAUAUUGCAUUGAUACUCAUGUAAAAGCGUUCCGCAUUUGUUCCGCCAUCAACCCCCCCCCCCCCCACAAAAAAAAAACCGAAAGAGAAACAGGCCCAAUCACAAAAAUGCACUUUCCGCAUACGCAAAUGAACGAUACAAAAAAAAAAAACUAAAAAAAAAUCGAAAGAAAAAGCUACAUUCUCGUCGAGUUCACGUUAAUUUAAAAGCGCAAAGCCUAAUCCGGUUCUGUAAAAGUCUAACUUUAAUUAAUUAAUUGAAUUAAGUAUAUAGGCAAAUGUGAAAUUCACAAGCGUUUCUGUGCUCGCUAUUAUUAUCGCUCUAAAAUAUCUGAUAUUUGCAUCUUGUAAUUCCUCGUUUAACGAAUUCUGUGUCCACUCACUGCACGCAGUCAUUUGAUUUGAAUUUGAAUUGUUUCCAUACGUUUCCAAUGUCAUGUGGAAUGCAUUUUUAUAUUGCAGCUGCAAAGCUUUGAAUUAUUAUUAAAAGAAAAACGAAUAAAGUGAAUAAA